CUAUUUGUAUUUGGCAAUCGUUAUUGGUAGUGCGACCAUAUCUAGCGAGGGAAACCGUUUGUUGUGAGAACGUUUCUUUUUGAAACGUUGUGAAAUUCUAGGAAAUACACGGCCUUCUGUUCACAUCGGAAGUUGAUAAGUUUACACAAUUGUUCUUAGCUAAGAAGGUGUACAAUUUGUGCGUAGAGUACGGGUCCGAUGUUGCUCAUAAGAAAUUCCAAAUCGUUCAUAAAAUAGUGAAAGGGAGAACACAAACACACGCAACAGAGUUGCGUCACAGCAGGAACCGUUCGGACGUGGUGUUUUUCCAGUGCAGCAAAUUGAGUGUUUACGUUUUUUUUAUUUUGCGUCUUAUCUUCCAUUUAUCCACUUAAUCAUCAAAACGCAACAAGAUAAUUGUAAAUUCUGCACAGUGUCUAACGAAUAAAGUUCAGAAGAAAUCAACGUACGCACACAUAACCAAGGCAACGUGAAAGUUUAGUCAAGCUUUACCAACACGGUGGGCGAAAUUUGGCGAAAAAGGAUCAAAAUAUAAAAGCAAUGAAAUUGGAUUUAACUCGGGUCACACCGAAAGCAAUGUCAGACGAGAAUUCGGUUUCGUCGGCCAGCAGUGGCUCUAUCGGAAGUAGCAACAGUGCAGCGGUGGACGAUUCAACAAGCAUCACCAACGUCAUCGGCGGCGGUAGUAACAGCAACAGUCAGCAGCGGAUCUCGAUGGUCCUAGGGAAGUUACCGUUGGACAGUACCGUUGUCACGCUAGGAGUCCCCCAGCCGGCACAUCAAGCCAGCAGCGUUAUCAUUACACGACCGUUCGCCUCAUUCGAUGGUAUCCACAGUGGCGUUCCCACGAAAACGACCCCGACGCUAACACCAACCACGCUCAAAAAUAUUGAGCAAACCUUUAUGGAGCUGACAAACGACACAUCCACUAACAUUCCCUGUCAGGCCGGGUUUGUACCGCCGGCCUACCCGUUCGACGAUCACAGUCAAGAUCAGGACAAUAGUCGCGAAUCGAUGAGCUCCGGUGGAUCCAACAGCUCUUGGCAGGUCACUCCACCUCCCAUCAUCUCCGAAGAUAUGGACUCGAAAGAUUCAACGGCAUCACGAGACGGCACAACGGAGCCCCGUUUACUGUUGUCUCGUAAUACCGGUAUGCAGGCAGCCUUGAAUGUGAUGGCCCAGCAGAGCAAUGCGGCAGUAAAAUUGCUUGGUGCCGAGGGUGAGCAUGUAAAUGCAGGUCACACCGUUCCCCGUACCAACAGCCGACGUAUGGGCGGCAGACGUCCAGCCAAGGCUUCGAAUCUUACUCCGGAGGAAGAAGAGAAACGUCGUGUCCGUCGCGAGCGCAACAAAAUGGCUGCGGCACGCUGUCGGCGGCGACGAGAGGAUCAUACCAACGAAUUGGUAGAUGAAACCGAUCAGCUAGAGAAGAAAAAGCAAGCUCUUCAGGACGAGAUCAAACAGCUGCAACAGGAGAAGGAAGAUUUAGAAUUUUUGCUAGAAUCACACCGAGAGCAUUGUCGUUUUCAGGGCCGCCGUAGCCCUCCCGAACGGAAACCAAUCGAGCUGACACAACCACAGCGCAUAGAACCCGAUCUCAAAGUUGUACCAGCACUGAAAAUUAAAGCAGAACCGGAGGAGCUGCCGGAGCAACCACCAGCAAAAAAAUUGAUCCUAUCGAACGCCCUGAAGGACACUCUAGACACACCGACGCCAACCACCAUUGCACCGGUACUGACCAGUGUAAACCUCCCGAAAACAAUGCUCCCAUUCAGCGCCAGUGGGUUGAACACACCGACCAUAACCUUCUCGGGAGGUCGUCCAGCCAGACCGGCCAGUCUGGAUGUAAAAUCUACCAACACCUUUCCAUUGCUGAACAUCAGAAAUACGAUGGAAACCGGGGUCGGUAUUUCUACGCCCUCCAGUGGACUGUUCAACUUCGACAGUCUGAUGGACGGUGGAACCGGUCUGACACCGAUCGCGGCCCCUAUUUCCCUCCAAUCGAAUCGUGGCCCGCUGGAUGUUAUCACGCCCAGCACCAGUGAACCGUCAAAAUUAUGCAGCCUGUGAACGAGGAGGUGUUGUAGCAAAUAAAUGCGAGAGCAGUUUAGCUGAGUAUGAAUGAGUGCGAAAUUUAUAAACGAUGGCGUUGUGAUUUUAAUCUUAAAACUUAAUAAUGCUGCACGGAACUAUUCUAAGACGCAUAUGCCUGGUAUGCCCGAAAGUAUGAUGGAAAGGUCGCCAUUCAGUGAUUAGUUAAUGAGCUAUCUUUGUUAUGCUAUAUUUUACAUUUUAUUUUUGAACCUCCGGAAUAUGCUAGAAGUGUAAAUAUUUAUUCACGGUGACUAGUUUUAGCUCAAGAGAAUAAAGAUAUGAACAUGAUUUUGUUGGAACCCAAAUCUUUGCUAUUUGUGCCUUUUAUUACAAUAUUUUCACUUAUCUUGUUUGGUUGCGCGACCUACUGAUUUCUAAUACAAAUUCUAGUUGUUAUAUUUUUUGCAACGAGUGUCAUACUGGACUAGUUCACUCGCUCGUUUUUAAAUUAUGUUAGUAAAGUAUUAAAUGUAGAACAGAAAAACGACAUUCAAACAGCGAACCAAUCAUACAUCAAAAUAGUUCUGGCAUCGACCGGAAAUGAGUAGCAGGCAAAAAAAAAAAUCCCUCCAUUUCGAGUAGGAUCGUAGAACAGAAAUGACAUGCAAGAGAAAGAUAAGGCUGCAUUUCCGAAUGCUAUAAACAAAAAAAAAGGAAGAGAAAUAUUUACAGUUUACUUUAUCUACACGAGCCACUGGCGAAGCCCUUGUCCUUAUCUUACACAGUUUACAAUUUGUUUCCUACUCCGGCGUGGUGAAGAAACGAAAGCAGCGAAAAAAACGAAUAACAA